AUGUCUAAGAUCUACGUCGGAAACCUCUCAUGGCACACCAGCGACGAGUCGCUCCGUCAGGCCUUCGGCGAGUUCGGCCAGAUUGUCGACUCUAUCGUCAUGGUUGACCGUGAGACUGGUCGCUCCCGUGGAUUCGGCUUCGUCACCUACUCUUCCGCUGAGGAGGCCGAGGCUGCCAUCAACGCUCUGAACGAGCAGGACCUCGAUGGUCGUCGCAUUCGCGUUAACCUCGCCAACGCCCGCCCCACCGGUGGCUUCGGCGGCGGUGCUGGCGGUGCCGGCGGUGGCCGCUGGUAA